UUCAAACUGUCUGUUGCUCCUGUUUCCACAAGACCUACCUCUCUUCUCCACCCCCACCUUCAAACACCCUUGCAUUUAGGUACAGUACCCUGUAUUUUAUAUUCUUUUGGAUAUUAGAACCCUCAAAGAAGCAUGAUCGAUAGAUAAUUUACCUUGUUAAAAUACAUGAAUUCUUUCAGAUUGUUCUGUGAGGACAGAGAUGGUGUUGGUAAGUGUAAGAAUGUUCCACCUGGUACUGUUGUGGAUUCUGGGAUCACACAUCCAAGUGAGCGAGAUUUCUAUCUCUGCUCUCAUCAAGGUAUUCAAGGUACCAGCAAACCAACUCAUUACCAUAUUCUGUGGGAUGACAAUGAUAUGACAAUGGAUGAUAUACAGAUGCUAACCUACAGUUUAUGCCAUCUGUACUUUCGUUGUACAAGAUCUGUCUCCCUUCCAAGCCCUGCGUACUAUGCUCAUUUGGCUGCUUUCAGGGCAAAAGUACACAUCUCAGAAUUGUCUGAAAGGGAUGGAGAUGGUAUGACUCAGGAAGAAAUUAAGUGUGUUGCUACAGUUGAACAGAAAAAUGCACUCUCAAGCAAGUUAUAUUAUGUGUAGUAAAUCAAAUGGUGUGUACUAGAAUUUAUUUUCCAUGUAGACUGGCAUAUAAGAGGUUUCUGAAUUGUUGGGAGGAUUUAUUUUUAGGUGACUGUUCCUAUAAUUAAUCUUUCAUGUGGUGCAUCUAUGCAUAUACAAGAUAGGAAUUAUAUCUUGCUGUCUUUAGGAAGAUAAAUGUUGUACUCGGUGAAAAGGUGUACCUGUAGUAUAAGGUACAAAAUGCAUCUGAGGAUACAGGUUCUUUUGUGCAGUAAUCACAAAAAUAGUUGUCUGUAUUAAAUCUUAGAAUUGUGUAAUUGCAGUUGAAAGGGUUUCAUUUUUUUUAUACCAUGCCAAGAGGAUAGUUGUCUUAGGAAUACUGUACUGCAUAGUAUAUUUCUUAUUUGGAGUUAAGCUUACUGUAGAUUUAGAGGAAAAUGUAUUGGUUCUUUUGCAUGUUGACAAUUUAAGUUUCAUGUUAUAUUUAGUGAGUGGACAAAGCUUUAUGUAACUAUGCUGAUGUUCAUAAUAUUUCAGAAGAUUUAAGAGAAAUUUAAAAAAAUGCACUGGAGACCAUUUUUGUGUCAGUUUAUAGCAGGAUUGCAUUUAAAUGCCAGUUUACUAUGGUUUUUCUUUUAAUAUUUAUUGGGAAGAUAUGGAAAUAUGAUAAAUAACAAUGUUUCUAAAAAU